GUUUAGAAAAAAAAUAAAAAAACUAAUACGUUUUAAGCAUAAUUUAUAUCAAAAUUUUAGCGCGUAAAAUUCCUUAAUGUGUGUUAUGAUGCUUGUAUGUGUUCUCCAGUCCGGGUUUUGUGUUCUGGGAGAAUUGGAUCUUUUUUAUUUCCUGACGUUGAAUUCAGUUCAGCGGCCGGUUGGCUGUCAAAAAGAUUGGCUACGUUUAAGCGAGCUAUCUAGGGUUUCAAAGGAUGCAGUGCCCCAUUGCUUAUCCCUUGAUCGUGAUCUGCCAUAUGAUGCAGUUUGCUGUUGUUUGACAAUACCAACUUGAGUAAGCUGAUAGUGAUAUCAUGAUGUCCAAUGAUUUUUUGAUAAAAAGCUCGGAUAAAUUGUUAAUGUCUCAUGCAAAAACUGAAAUGCAACUCUAAAUUGUACCCUGCAAAA